AUGGAAGCCCUGGUGGCAGUCAAAUGCUGUGUAGCAAAAGGCGAGCUGAAGAAGCUCCUGGAGCAGACACAAGGAGGAGUUCCCUGGGUGUUUCAGGAGGUCAUUGAGGGUGGAGGUGAAGCUGUUACACCACAGAUGUAUACCGACAUCGGCCAGGUGACGGAGUUCAACUAUGCAAGGCAGCUGGCUCCAAACUUCCUGGACGAGGGCAAGCUGAGGUAUCUGGACUCCUUCGGAGAGAAGUGGGGCUUCAUCUCCGGCAACUCCGCCAGUGUUUUCGUGGACAACCACGACACGCAGCGCGGAGAAGCGGCCCUGACCUACAAAUCCGGAUCCUUGUAUACCUUGGCCAACAUCUUCAUGUUGGCGCAUCCAUUUGGCUAUCCCAAGGUCAUGAGCUCCUACUACUUUGAUGAACACGACCAGGGUCCUCCUGGCCAGCCAGUGCACAGCGACGGAGGCCUGGCGUGCGGGGACGGCCAUCCGUGGGUCUGCGAGCACCGCCGGCCCGAGAUCGCGAACAUGGUGGCCUGGAGGCAGAGUGCUGGCACCUCGGGUUUGGAAGCCUUCGUUGCUUCGGACGAUGGGAACGGCAUUGUUUUCUGCCGCGGUGGGGCAGCCUGCGUGGCAUUAAAUCGUGGGUCAGGUAGCUGGAAGCUCACCGCCAAGUUCACCCUGCCGGCAGGCAAGUACAGAGAUGUCAUUCGCGCUGCGGACAUCUCUGCCUGCCCAGUUGUGGAGGUGAGGUCCAAUGGAUCGGCAGAUAUUGAAGUUCCUUCCAUGAGCGCGGUGGCGUUGCAUCUGGGUGCGACAGAGUCAAGCAGCUUCAUCAUCACAGUGUGA